AUGUCGCUCGCCACGCCAUACGCCAUACGUCAACUCUUCAUGGUAUCCCCAGCCAAGCUCCAGCUGCACCGCGUUCUCGCGUCUCCCAUAUCUCAACUCCUACCGCCUCAUACUGGAACACGGGGACCACGCUCGGUCCCCAGCUGCGCUACCGCCGCCAUGGCUCCCGCAGGCGGUGGCAACAUCAAGGUCGUCGUCCGAGUUCGUCCCUUCAAUGGCAGAGAAAUCGACCGCGGCGCAAAAUGUAUCGUCGAAAUGAAAGACAACCAGACCGUCCUGAGCGCCCCCGACGGUCAUGGUGGUAAAAGUGCAAAGGCCGAACCCCCCAAGAACUUUGCCUUUGACAGGUCUUACUGGUCCUUUGACAAGCGCGAUUCAACUUACGCCGCCCAGUCUCACCUCUUUGACGAUCUCGGCAAGCCCUUGCUCGACAAUGCCUUUCAGGGCUACAACAACUGUAUUUUUGCCUAUGGCCAGACCGGCUCCGGAAAGUCCUACUCCAUGAUGGGUUAUGGCAAGGAAGUCGGUAUCAUUCCCAACAUUUGCCAGGACAUGUUUAGCCGCAUAAACCAGAUUCAGGGCGACGCGACCACGAAAUGCACAGUCGAGGUGUCCUAUCUCGAAAUCUACAACGAGCGCGUACGCGAUUUGCUCAAUCCUUCCACAAAAGGAAAUCUCAAAGUCCGAGAGCACCCUUCCACCGGCCCCUACGUCGAAGAUCUCGCCAAGCUCGUUGUCGGCAGCUUCCAAGAAAUCGAGAACCUCAUGGACGAAGGAAACAAAGCCCGUACAGUCGCCGCCACCAACAUGAACGAAACCUCGAGUCGAUCCCACGCCGUCUUCACCCUCAUGCUGACCCAGAAAAAGUACGACGCCGAGACAAAGAUGGAAAUGGAAAAGGUGGCCAAAAUCUCCCUUGUCGAUUUGGCCGGUUCUGAACGAGCCACCUCGACCGGUGCUACGGGUGCGCGCCUCAAGGAGGGUGCCGAAAUCAACCGAUCUCUCUCGACCCUCGGCCGUGUCAUUGCUGCCCUGGCCGACCUCUCGACUGGCGCCAAGAAGAAAAAGGGCGUCUCUCAAGUACCAUAUCGUGAUUCAGUCUUGACAUGGCUCCUCAAAGAUUCCCUCGGUGGCAACAGCAUGACUGCCAUGAUUGCAGCCAUCAGUCCGGCCGACAUCAACUACGACGAAACCCUCAGCACCCUGCGCUAUGCCGACUCUGCCAAGCGCAUCAAGAACCAUGCCGUCAUCAACGAGGAUGCAAACGCGCGCAUGGUUAGAGAGCUCAAAGAAGAACUGGCCCUGCUCCGCAGCAAGCUUGCCGGGGGCACGGUCGGAGCUGGCGGUAUUCCAACACCCGCAGAUGAAAUAUAUGACGAAAGCACACCUCUGGAAAAGCAAAUGGUUCGCAUCACGGGCGCCGAUGGCGUGGUUAGGAAAGUUUCCAAAGCAGAAAUUGCCGAGCAGCUCAGCCAAAGCGAAAAACUGCUCACCGAUCUCAACCAAACCUGGGAGCAGAAGCUUCAAAAGACCGAGGAAAUCCACAAAGAACGAGAAGCUGCCCUCGAAGAACUUGGCAUCAGCAUCGAAAAGGGAUUCAUCGGUCUGCAUACGCCAAAAAAGAUGCCCCAUUUGGUCAACUUGUCAGACGACCCAUUGCUGGCAGAGUGCUUGGUCUACAACCUCAAGCCGGGUACUACCACUGUCGGAAACGUCGACACGAACGCGGAUAAUCAAGCAAAUAUUCGACUCAACGGAACCCGAAUCUUGCACGACCACUGUACAUUUGAGAAUGGUGCUGAUGGCACUGUCACAGUCAUUCCCAGCGAGGGUGCCUCUGUCAUGAUCAACGGCAAGCGCAUUACGGAAGCCACACAGCUGCAUUCCGGCUACAGAGUCAUUCUCGGCGACUUCCACAUUUUCCGCUUCAACCAUCCCAUGGAAGCCAGAGCGGAGAGAGCAGAGGUCGGCAACAGUCUCCUGCGGCAAUCCGUCACAGCAAGCCAUAUCCAGGCCUGGGAGAAGACAUCACCAAGCCCCACGCCUGGAUCACGCCCCGGUCAUGAGCGCGCGUUCAGCAGAGUAUCCGAUUUUGGCGACAUUUCUAGACCCGAGUCGCCAUCUCUGCGCAAUAAUCGAGACUCUGACUGGUCUGCUGCGCGACGAGAAGCUGCUGGCGCCAUCCUUGGAUCCGACCAGACAAACUUUACCAGCCUUACGGAUGAGGAGCUUAAUGCCGUCUUUGAAGAGGUGCAGCGAGCACGAGCUGAACGUGUCAAUGUCCGUGAGGAUGGCGAGGACACGGAAUCAGUCACCUCGUACCAGCUACGCGAGAAAUACAUGUCCAACGGAACACUCGACAACUUCUCUCUCGACACGGCCUUGACCAUGCCUUCGACCCCCAGGCAGGGUGAAGCAGAGGACAGGCUAAAAGAGGUUCGCGAAGAACUCCAGAGCCAGCUCGAACAGCAAAAGGAAGAAUUCCAACGUCAGCUUAAGAGUGCCGAGGCCGCCAAUGUCGAAGUCGAGGAGAUCAAGAAGGAAAAGGUCAAGAUGGAGGCUGCUCUCCUGGAACUCAAGGAUGACAUGGAGCAACAGCUCAAGACCCAGAGGAAGCUCUUUGAAGAAAAGAUUGAAAAGAUGGACCCGCUCAAGCGACCCAAGGCAAAUCCCAGGCUUUCUGAAGAGGAGCUGGGACAAGCAAGAAAAGUGGUUGGCAUUUGGAGAGACCGGCACUACGUCAAAAUGGCCGAGACGGUGCUACAAAACGCCUCGAUCUUGAAAGAGGCGCAAAUAAUGAGCAACGAGCUCGACGAGAGUGUCGUUUUUCAGUUCACUGUUGUCGAUGUCGGGCAUGUCAUGUGCUCCUCCUACGAUAUGGUUCUCAAUGGCCUCACAAGUGAAGGAGAGGAUGUGGCUCUCGAGGAGACACCGAAGCCAUGUAUUGGCGUCAGAGUUAUUGACUACCGAAACCACGUUGUCCGGCUGUGGAGUCUGGAGAAACUACACGACCGCCAUCUCAGUCUGGACAACCCGUUUAUCGAGCACUGCAUGCCUUCGUACACCUUGAUAGGCGAGGUUGACGUGCCUUUAAAGGCCGUCUUUGAAAGCCGUGUCCAAGACUUUGCCCUGGAUGUUUUGUCGCCGUACACUUCUCACGCUAUUGGCAUUGUGAAGCUGUCGCUCGAGCCGUCUCAUGCUCGAGCUCCCACAAACACCCUCAAGUUUAAUGUCGUCAUGCACGAAUUCGUCGGGUUUGCCGAACGCGAAGGCACCGACGUUCACGCUCAACUCUUUCUGCCCGGCAUUUCAGAAGAAGACGGCGUCACAACGACGCAAAUGAUUAGCGAUUUUGACGAAGGUCCGAUUCGCUUUGAGAGCGUGCACAAUAUGAGCGUUUCCCUCUUCGCUCCUCAGGAUGUCGUGCUAAGAGCCUCCAUUUUUGCCAAAGUUCAACCAAUGCACCUCGAUAAACUCCUUAGUUGGGAUGAUAUGAGAGACACAGCCCCUCCGCGCGACGGUGCCAAGGCAAGCCGCAUCAACGAGGCACAGUUUUAUACACAAGAAAAACACGAUUUGCUCUCUAGACUUCAAAUUCUUGAACUCAACGAGAUGGGAGAGUAUACCCCGGUUGAGGUUACCCAGGUGAGCGAGCUGGACACGGGGACAUUUCAGCUCCACCAAGGACUGCAAAGGAGAAUUGCAAUCAACAUCGCUCACAGCUCUGGCGAUGCCCUGCCUUGGGGCGACGUGACCGCUGUGCGUGUUGGGAAGGUUCGCCUCGUCGACUCUGGCGGUAAGACGCCAGACAUGGGUGCGAAUGAACCUGACAUCCAACUACGAUUGGUGUCGCAUCCCAUCUUCCGCCAAAACCCCAACGGCACUCGCAACAUUACCGUCUUUGCGCAAUGGGACUCAAGUCUGCACAACUCCCUGCUGCUCGAUCGCGUGACGGCCGAAAAGUACAAGGUGCAGAUGAGCAUUGGCUGGGAGAUAAGCUCUGAGAAACUGGCUGAACCCAUGAAGUUUUCGCAAAAGGUUUGCCUUCAGGUUCUCUCGCGGACAUUUGUGCGCCAAACAUCCAUGUUCUCGUCGCUCUGGCAAAACAUGCGCUUCAUCCGCUCCUCGACUGGCAUCUUCACAAUUACAAUGCGGCCAGCACCAAUUAAGCGAGUAGGCGACUUGUGGCGGAUGAACAGCCAGCAUGACUACGUCAAAGGUGAAGAGAACCUGGAUAGCUGGAACCCACGAGGAGUGUCCCUGGUCAGUGACUUUAUCUUGGCGCGAAAGAAGAGACGGCGCGUCGCAGAGAUUGGUGCUGUGCACACAGUGCUCAAUGUCCUUGGCAUUGAUCCUAGUGGGCAACCUCACACGGAAGCGUCUGAACCAGAGCCGGAGCCAGAAAUUCAAAAGCCUGUGCUGCCCAACGAUGACGAUUUGCUGCAUGAUACCCCAGAAACGUCGCAGGUGCCGUCGCUAGAGGAGGAGGCGGCGAAUGCGAAAGCUGCCAGUGGCGAAGCUGGGGAAAAGCCCGAAGCAGAGGCCGAAGCUGACGGCGAGGAGACAAUCAAGGUUGAAGAUCCAACGCCGCCGGCGAAACCAGAAUACGACGAGCCACAAACCGAACUUUUACAAAAGUGUCUAUCAUUAUGGGUCAAGUACCCCGAUCCGCUCAUCAAGAUUCUCAGCCCUGCCAACACGACGGCCCCCACCAACGGUGUGACAUCAGAGCCACCGGAACUUCCCAGCCUCAUCACGACGGUGGUGCGCGUGCCCAAGAACCCCAAGGUGCUCAAGGGCGGCUACCUGCUGGUGCCCAACAGCGACUCGACACGGUGGGUGAAGCGUUUCGUGGAGCUGCGCCGGCCGUACCUGCACAUUCACUCGGCAUCAGACGGCGACGAGGUGGCCCUGGUCAGCCUGCGCAACUCGCGCGUUGACAGCCAGCCGGGAGUGCUUGCGCUGCUGAACGGACCCGACGACUAUGACGCGGCGCCGGGCCAGAAUGGCGGCGCCGACUUUACGCCCGGUCACCGGAGGACGGCUUCGGGGCGUGUAAUUUCGACGAUUUGGACCGGCAGUGGGGGAAGUAGUAGUGGUGGUGGGGGGCCCGGCUUGCAGCGACUGAGCGAGAGAAUGCAGGCGGGCGUGUUUGCCGUCUAUGGUACGGAUAACACGUGGCUGUUUGCGGCGCGCAGCGAGCGCGACAAGAUGGACUGGAUCUUUCGCAUUGAUCAGACAUACAUGGCAGCCGGCGAGAGUCAGCCCGGCAGUGGCUUUGCCAGCCCGCUGCCAGGAAGCGACUAUUAA